AUUACCUGUCUGAUCAUGAAGACCUGCUACCCACCACGGCCUCCGUCAGGUCACUGUGGAUGGCAUCCCGGGCCCUCCUGGAGUUCCAAUCCUCCAACCAGAGCCAGCUCGUGCCUCCAAACGCCACGUCCUGUGACAAUGCUCGGGAAGCCUGGGACCUGCUGCACAGGGUGCUGCCGAAGUUCAUCGUCACCGUCUGCUCCUGCGGCCUGCUGGGGAACCUCUUCGUGCUGUCCGUCCUCCUCCUGCCCCGCCGGCGUCUGACCGUGGCGGAAAUCUACCUGGCCAACCUGGCGGCUUCUGACCUGGUCUUUGUCUUGGGCUUGCCCUUCUGGGCCGAGAACAUCUGGAACCAAUUCAACUGGCCUUUCGGGGCCGUCCUCUGCCGUGUCGUCAAUGGAGUGAUCAAGGCCAAUUUAUUCAUCAGCAUCUUCCUGGUGGUGGCGAUCAGCCAGGACCGCUACGCCGUGCUGGUGCACCCCAUGGCCAGCCGGAGGCGACGGCGGCGGUGGCUGGCACAGGUCACCUGCAUGCUCAUCUGGGUCUUGGGGGGCCUCCUGAGCAUCCCCACGUUCCUGCUCCGCUCCGUCAAGGUCGUCCCGGAACUGAACGUGUCGGCCUGUGUACUGCUGCUCCCCCACCAGGCCUGGCACGUCGUAAGGAUGGUGGAGCUCAACCUGCUGGGUUUCCUCCUGCCGCUGGCUGCCAUCCUCUUCUUCAACUACCACAUCCUGGCCUCCCUGCGCGGGCGGGCAGAGGUCAGGAGGACGAGCUGCAGGGGCCCCACGGAUGGCAAGACCACAGCGCUGAUCCUCACGCUCGUGGCUGCCUUCCUGGUGUGCUGGGCCCCCUACCACUUCUUCGCCUUCCUGGAGUUCCUCUUCCGAGUGCGGGCCCUCCGGGGCUGCUUCUGGGAGGAGCUCACCGACCUGGGCCUGCAGUGGGCCAACUUCUUCGCGUUCAUCAACAGCUGCCUGAAUCCAGUCAUCUACGUCUUUGUGGGUCAGCUUUUCAGGACCAAGGUGUGGGAACUUUAUAAAAAAUGCAUGCCUAGGAGUCUGACAACACUGUCCUCGGCCCACAGGAAAGAAAUCCUCCGACUUUUCUGGCGGAAUUAA